AUGGACGUAUUUAAGAUAGACCAGUCGUUGAGCGGUAACCUAGGCAGUGCACCUUCCCCGGAUAAGAUCAACCCCGAGGUGUCCUUCGAUGCCGGCCAAGAGUUCAACUUGUGUUUCUUCGACAACCCCGAGGAUAGCAGCACCCAGGGCUUCAGCGACCCGGGGUCGGUGGGAUCGACGACGGCGAGUUCGCCGCCGCCGCCGCCCCAGCAGCUCACCCCCCUGCACAUACCCCUGGCGGGGAGCAGCACCCCGGUGCAGAACCCAGUAUUAUUGUCGCCUCCCGGAGGGACCUCCUCGAUUAGUAUCAAGCAAGAACAACACUACGUGGCCGCCGACUCCAACAGUUCCUCAACAACCAAAUCCUUCGUGCCCUGUAAAGUUUGCGGGGAUAAGGCCUCAGGGUACCAUUACGGGGUAACGUCGUGUGAGGGAUGCAAGGGCUUUUUCAGGAGGAGUAUACAGAAGCAGAUAGAAUACCGAUGCCUGCGAGACGGCAAGUGCCUCGUGAUACGGCUGAACAGGAAUCGAUGUCAGUAUUGCCGAUUUAAAAAAUGCCUAGCUGUAGGGAUGUCUCGAGAUUCUGUACGAUACGGAAGAGUACCUAAACGAUCGCGAGAAAGGAGUACUGAUGAGCAGACCCGUGUUACGACUUCGGACGCUGAUCAAUCAGACGCUGAGACAAAGCAAUUGGCCGUGUACGAUGUGAUCCUUACUGUGUCGCAGGCCCACCAUGCCAAUUGCGGGUACACCGAGGAACACACCAGGAACUUAGUCAGGAAACCCAUAAUCCUGCCGCCGGCCAGCCCCGAAGUGGACAACGAGGUGGCUUCGUCGACGGCUGAGUCCUUGGAGACGGAGAAGUGCUGGUUGUGGCAGCAGUUCGCUAGCAACAUCACGCCCAGCGUCCAGAGGGUGGUGGAGUUCGCGAAGAGGGUGCCAGGGUUCUGCGAUUUGGGCCAGGACGAUCAACUCAUACUCAUCAAGAUAGGCUUCUUCGAGAUCUGGCUGAGCCACGUGGCGCGCUUGACGACGAACACGUCGCUGAUGUUCGACGACGGCACCUCCGUCAGCAGGCAGCAACUUGAAACUAUGUACGAUAACGAAUUCACGUCGUCCGUAAUACACUUCGCUAAUACGUUCAACGCGUUAUCCUUGAACGACACAGAAGUGGGAUUAUUUUCAGCCGUUGUAUUGUUAACGGCUGACCGCCCGGGAAUCACGGACGUCAAGUCGAUAGAACAUUAUCAGGACAGACUCAUAGAAGCUUUAAAGGUCCAGGUGAGUCGGAACCAUGCCAGUGAGCCACAGAUAUUCUCCAACUUGCUAAUAAAACUGCCGGAAUUGAGGAAUUUGGGUGCCAGGCAUACCGCCCACCUGGACUGGUUCCGAAUGAACUGGACGAAACUCACAUUACCACCUCUGUUUGCGGAAAUUUUCGACAUUCCCAAAUCGGAAGACGAUCUACAGUGACCUCGAACGAGAAAAUACAGGAAUUUAAGUAAUAAACGUUUCGGAUUUGUUGGCUGUCCAGUUGGAGAUAAUUUAAAAAUUGUGAUUGCCAUGAAUCUUGCUGUUACUUGCCUCUACUUGCUCAAAAUGUGCUCCAAGGCUGAAUACGUGUGGGAUAAUUCGAAUUUCGG